AUGAGCGCGAGCGCGAUCCAAGGGGCGGGGAGGCGAAAUCUCGUCGUUCGACCCCGCGGCUCGCGCCGCGGAGCGCGCAUGCCGCCGCGCCCGCGCGGGGUUCGAGACGCGCCCUCGCGAUUCCCCUCGCCCGAGGUGUUCUUUAGGAACGCGCGAGCGCUCUGGACUCGAUGCGCGUCAAGCCGCGGCCGCCCGCGCGCUCGAAGUGAUGACCGCGUCGGGGUAACACCCGCACCGUCUUCGAGAACCGCAACCGCGCCGAAGAAAAAUUUCUGGGGGCGCACGAUUCCACUGGAUCUAUCUCUCUCAGUCCUCGCCGCGCCCCGCCGUCUCACCGCGCGCGCGCACCCCGGCCGCGAUGCCAGCGACCGCCGGCCGCGUGCCGAUGCCCGCGGGCAACCGCGUGAUCACGUCCAACGCGCUCAAAGUCAGCGACCGGUGGUCCUCCAUCGUCGGCUCGGACCCGUACGCCUCCGACGCGAAGGGCGUCGACGGGAACCUCAUGGAGAAGAUGUGGGCGGACCCCAGGCUGCACGGGGACAAGAAGCACAUGGGCCAGGACGCGAUGGGGAAACAUGUGUAUCAGACGAUGGACGGAGCGGCGCGGCGCGACGCGCGCGCGUCCGACGCGCUCGCGGCGAGGGAGCGGGAGUACGAGUUGAUGCAAGAGAAGAAGAGGCGAGGCGACGAGCUCAGAGACGCGGAGCAGGAACUCAUGGAUCUGAACAACCGCCCGGCGAAGAAGGCGAAGAAGGAGAAGAAAGAGAAGAAGGAGAAGAAGUCGAAGAAGUCCAAGAAGGGGAAGAAGGAGAAGAAGGACAAGAAAGAGAAAAAGUCCAAGAAGAGCAAGAGGUCUCGACGCGAGAGCGGCUCGGACAGCAGCAGCAGCAGCGAGAGCGAGUCGGAGAGCGAGGACAACCGGUACAAGCUCUCGGGGUUCUUCAACAGCAAGGACUGACGACGACGAGGAGGAGGAGGACGAGGUGGAAGCUUCGGGCGCGAUAUGAUAUCAUGUAGGAAAACAAUCUAACGCGACGCGUUCUUUUAACACGCUACUACUGACGCUUC